AGUGUGAGCUGUGGCAGCUGAUUUGUUGACGUUCACCAUCUCAGCUCUACUAAUGGCCAAAAUUGUCUGUCAAUCAAAACAGGGUAUAGUUUGUGUUUUCUUUCACCACGCCAGUCAUAUAAGUGGGCGCUUCAUAACACUGUCCGUUGUUGAUGGUGCAGGCUUUCUUCAUCGCGCAGCUUCAGCGAUGUUUAUCCCUACUUUAGAGGAAGACAUGCACCAUUUUAAACCGAAUCGACACAGGCGCUACACAACGAGAUGCUGUGGGUGUUGCCAUGUCAGGACGGGAACCAUCAUUCUCGGCACUUGGUACAUGGUGGUGAACCUGUUGAUGGGCAUUCUGCUGACCGUGGCCGUGACCCACCCAGAGAACGUGCCCACUGUGGACCUGCAGUAUGAGGUUAUCGAGCACUACUUUAGCCACACCCUCCAGGUGGAGGGGAAUGUCUUAAAGGAGAAUGCCUGUGUGGGAUUCGCAAUCUCUCUGUUGAUGCUCACUAUCAGCGCCAUGAUGGUCUAUGGAGCCAUUACUCAUCGUGACGGCUGGCUCAUCCCGUUCUUCUGCUACCAGCUCUUUGACUUUGCUCUGAGUUGUCUGGUGGCCAUCAGCUCACUCACCUACCUACCCCGGAUCAAGGACUACAUGACAGAGCUGCCAGACUUCCCCUACAAGGACAACCUACUCUCCAUGGACUCCAGCUGCCUGCUGCUCUUCGUCCUCGUGUUCUUCGCCUUCCUCAUCAUCACGAAGGCUUACCUGAUCAACAGUGUGUGGAACUGCUACAAGUACAUCAACAACAGGAAUGUGCAGGAGAGUGCUGUUUACCCUACCUUCAUGGCCCCUCCCCAGUACAUCCUGCCUACCUACGAGAUGGCAAUGAAGAUGCCAGAGAAAGAGCCCCCUCCCCCCUACAUGCCUGCCUGAAGACCCCGUGCCCCCCCCCUCCUCUCUACCCCAUCUAUAUGUAUGUGUGGGCCACCCAGAGCUCGUCAUUUUGACUCCACCAUGAAUUUCUAGAGAGGAGGGAUACUCUUUAAAGUCUUGCUAACAUUCAAACCCCCGUAAUAUUGUAGACAAGUGAGAGGGGCAGAUGCCGUGUAGUGUAUAAAGCGAUGAAUGCUUUACGACUGUUCGUUCCUUGUCUAGCCCCGUCUUUUGAUGCCUUAAUUUUUUUUUUAAAGGGAUAUUGUGAAAGUACCAUCGCUUCAAUGCCUUUCACCAGUCCAGCUGUAGAAAAACAAUAUCCUUUCCUUAUAGAUUGAUAUUAUAACGCGUGAAUGUAAAAAGGAAUACUCUUAAGACAAUCCACUUAUGAUAACUCAUCUUUAUCCUUGAAUUGUUUUUUGCUUGUUAAAAUAUCUAGAUUUUAUUCUGUCUAAGAGUUUGAUUGGGACGUUUGAAGCACUUUCUCUUUAUCCCUUCAUUUAUUUAGCCUUGGACAUCCAUUCGCCACCUGUGUGUGCCAUGUUCAUGCUCCGCCACCGCCUUUGUGACCUUGCGUUGUUAGCUUAGUCAAGCUAGUGUAUUGUGUUGCAGUUCGAAGUGUCCAGACACUGCUGGUUAAAGGGAUAGUACACCAACAGUUGGCAGAUGUUUUCAGACCUCAAAAUUUGUCCAAUGUCAAGAUGAAAUGAUAAGACUUAACAAAAGUCCGCUUUGGAGGACUGAAAUCAGACACAUUGGUUUUGAAGUGGACUGUCCCUUUAAGGAGAGCGUAAGUUUCACCUGAAGGGAACGAACGGCUAGUGUGAACAGUAGUGGAUCCAUGCUACUCUUUCUUUCUGCCUUUUUCUUUACAUUGUGUUUUCAUCCUUGUGGGAAACAAAUAGCUUCAAUAAACCAUUCAAAAACA